ACAAGCGGAACAGAGAUAGUUUACUUGCAGAUAUGUGAAAACUUCGUCUCUUUCACAAAUCCCACCCAGUCUCUUCAUAUCAAAUGAACAGUGUGGUCCUCCAACUGUAGCUUUGGAUUUGAGUCAAGACCAAUGGCAGGCUGUCUGACAGAGUUGAUCACAGCAUGUUCCAACCUCACACUGUCAGUCUCUGCCCUAUACACCGCAUAUCAGCUCUUCAAGGACCACAGAGCUCCAGCGGUGGGUUUCUUUCUGCUUGGUCUCUCCUCAGGCCUCUGCACCCUGCCUCUCUCCUUCAGCCCAUACCUGACCUCUGUACAGGGGGACCUGGAGUGGGCCGGCGAGGUCCUGGCUCCACCGCUGGUCUCCUUCGGCUUCCUGUGGCUCAGCGAAGACCGCACCACAGCCAACAUCCUCCUUAUUGGCUCAGCUCUCUUCCCGGUGCUCUGCGAUUGGCUGUCAGCGGACGAGUUGAUGCUGAUGUCACGCUGUCUGGCCCUGUCUGCCAUCUCCUGCUCGCUCACUGUGUGUCUGUUUGCGGGAAACGCUGUCGGGGCCCUGGCCAGUGUGGCCCUCAGCCUGCCCCAAAUGGUGGCCCCCAGGGUGGGGGUCAAGACUCUGGCUCCCCUUGUCUCUCCAGGGGCCACUGUGGGACUGCUUAAGUGGCUCCUGAAGGGCUCCAUGGCUGUAGGGUGCUGGGCCUCUGAGAAGGCACUUAGCAAGUACCUGAAGGAACUGGACUCACCAUUUUAACUUGUUACCACUGUAACACAGGGUUUCCCCAAACUCAGUCCUCGGGACCCCGGGGUUUAGUUUCUUUCCUAAGCACUACACAGCUUAUUCAAAGAAUCAUCUAAUCAUCCAGCUUUGAUCAUUUCAAUCAGCCUUGUAGUGUUUGGGCAAAAACCAAAACGUGCACCCCUUGGAGUCCCGAGCAUCAAGUUUGGGAAACGCUACUGUAACAGUUACUGAAUGUCUGAAUAGUUCAAUAGUCCCUCACACAUGAUAAUGACUGACUGUUAAGUUGAUGUGGUCUCAUGAUGUGCACAUAGAGCUGUUGAAGAAGAGAACCAGGUGGACGGUCUAUUUAUUUUGUCCUGCAGGGCCUUGCCUCAUAGAAGUAGAAUGAAUAGAACGUUCUGGAACCUCUGACCAUGGCGAUUUGACUGGUAAAUUCAUGGGUGCACUCAAAAUAGCUUGGUGCACUCUUUAUGGCGUCAUUGACCUAAAUGAGCAAGCUUGUUCUACUUAUUCUAGUACUAUGGCUUGCCUUUGAUCUGUAGCCAAUGACCUUUCCAAUUCCUACUGGCCAAUGACCUUUCCAAUUCCUACUGGCCAAUGAUCUUUCCAAUUCCUCCUGGCCAAUAACCUUUCCAAUUCCUCCUGGCCAAUAACCAUUCCAAUUCCUACUGGCCAAUGACCUUUCCAAUUCCUACUGGCCAAUGACCUUUCCAAUUCCUACUGGCCAAUGACCUUUCCAAUUCCUACUGGCCAAUGACCUUUCCAAUUCCUACUGGCCAAUGACCUUUCCAAUUCCUCCUGGCCAAUGACCUUUCCAAUUCCUCCUGGCCAAUGACCUUUCCAAUUCCUACUGGCCAAUGACCUUUCCAAUUCCUACUGGCCAAUGACCUUUCCAAUUCCUCCUGGCCAAUAACCAUUCCAAAUCCUACUGGCCAAUGACCUUUCCAAUUCCUACUGGCCAAUGACCUUUCCAAUUCCUACUGGCCAAUGACCUUUCCAAUUCCUACUGGCCAAUGACCUUUCCAAUUCCUACUGGCCAAUGACCUUUCCAAUUCCUCCUGGCCAAUGACCUUUCCAAUUCCUCCUGGCCAAUGACCUUUCCAAUUCCUACUGGCCAAUGACCUUUCCAAUUCCUACUGGCCAAUGACCUUUCCAAUUCCUCCUGGCCAAUGACCUUUCCAAUUCCUCCUGGCCAAUGACCUUUCCAAUUCCUACUGGCCAAUGACCUUUCCAAUUCCUACUGGCCAAUGACCUUUCCAAUUCCUCCUGGCCAAUGACCUUUCCAAUUCCUCCUGGCCAAUGACCUUUCCAAUUCCUACUGGCCAAUGACCUUUCCAAUUCCUCCUGGCCAAUGACCUUUCCAAUUCCUCCUGGCCAAUGACCGUUCCAAUUCCUACUGGCCAAUGACCUUUCCAAUUCCUACUGGCCAAUGACCUUUCCAAGAGAUGAUCCAUAUGAUCCAUAUAAUGAUGCCAGUCUGCCAACUUGGAGGUGACAUGAUCCACCAUUGGGACACGUGUCUUUUGGCAGUGUGUGAGCACUGGGCGUUGUUCUACUUGUUUAGCUUAUUGUCAUGGCCAGGGAGCUCUGCUCUGUUAUCAUACUACUUUCAUCUAUGCAAAUCGAAGAAGCACUGGUGUCUAGUUCUAAAACUGUAAAACAUUAUUGAUGAUAUUAGUAACAGCGGUUAAUAACAUUUUAUGUGCUAAAAUAUUGAUUUGCUAAAGUAUCAACAAAAGGAGUAGUGCUUGGAUCUAAUGCUUGUAUGUACUGAUUGUCAUGGGUCACUAAUACUCCCAACCUCUUUUACACCGCAUAUUAGAAAGUCUAAUUCAUCUAUGGAUGUUGAUUUACAGGACAGUGUAAUUACCAAUUGGCUAUAAAAGAUUCUAUCUGCUUACUCUGUAGAAAUAUCCUCCCAACGGUGGCUCUAUAAGGAGGAUGGAAGUGCCUUCCAGACAUUUAUUACUUUCUUUGUCUAUGAGUGUGCCUCCCAAACAAUAGGGAAUAGGGUGGCAUUUUUAGGCACACUCUGGUUGAACCCGGGCUGGCUUGACUUCAGUGUCUUGUCCUACGAUGAGCACCAAACAGCUUGUACUAGACUAUGCUCACUGUGAAGCCAAUGUCAUUGACACACAGGACACGUUUGAGAGCCGAUAGCUUUAGUGCCUGAACAUGGUCGGGGUACCAAAACAGUCAGGGCUGCGAUCCAAAUGACAGCCUAUCCCCGAUAUAGUGCACUUCUUUUGACCAGAGCUCGAUAUGGGCCCUGGUCAAAAGUAGUGCACUAUAAAGGGAAUAGGGUGCCAUUUGGGACGCAACCCCUAAGUCCCCUCAGAUUCAGGAUUCUGUUCAUUCUGCAGCCUCAGCAGAUAGCUACAGUGAGAUUGAACUAGAUACAUCUGCAGUGUUCACACCACUAACACUAUGGAUCUAUAUUCAUUGAUUCUUCAGAUAUACUACAUAUUAUAUCCACUUACUGUCUAUAAUGUCUAUACAAUAAGGGUUCUUCUUUAUUUUUACUAUUUUAUACAUUGUAGAAUAAUAGUGAAGACAUCAAAACUAUGAAAUAACACAUGGAAUCAUGUAGUAACCAAAAAAAAGUGUUAAACAAAUCAAAAUAUAUUUUAUAUUUGAGAUUCUUCAAAGUAACCACCCUUUGAUUUGAUGACAGCUUUGCACACUCUUGGCAUUCUCUAAAACAGCUUCCUGAGGUACUCACCUGGAAUGCAUUUCAAUUAGCAGGUGUGCCCAUAUUAUGGCAAGAACCCUCAAAUAAGCAAAGAGAAAUGACAGUCCAUCAUUACUUUAAGACAUGAAGAUCAGUCAAUCAGGAUCAUUUCAAUAACUUUUAAAGUUUCUUCCAAGUGCAGUCGCAAAAACCAUUAAGCACUAUGAUGAAACUGGCACUCAUGAGGACCGCCACAGGAAAGGAAGACCCAGUUACCUCUGCAGCAGAGGAUAAGUUCAUUAGAGUUACCAGCCUCAGAAAUUGCAGCCCAAAUAAAUGCUUUACAAAGUAAUAGACACAUCUCAGCAUCAACUGUUCAUAGGAGACUGUGUGAAUCAGACCUUCAUGGUCGAAUUGCUGCAAAGAAACCACCACUAAAGGACACCAGUAAGAAAAAGAGACUUGCUUGGGCCAAGAAACACGAGCAAUGGACAUUAGACCGGUGGAAAUCUGUCCAUUGGUCUGAGAUUUUUGGUUCCAACCGCUGUGUCUUUGUGAGACGCAGAGUAGGUGAACGGAUUAUCUCCUCAUGUGUGGUUCCCACCAUGAAGCAUGGAGGAGGAGGUGUGAUGGUGUGGGGGUGCUUUGCUGGUGACCCUGUGAUUUAUUUAGAAUUCAAGGCACAUUUAACCAGCAUGGCUACCACAGCAUUCUGCAGUGUUACGCCUUCCCAUCUGAUUUGGGCUUAGUGGGACUAUCACUUGUUUUUCAACAGGACAUUACCCAACACACCUCCAGGCUGUGUAAGGGCUAUUUGACCAAGAAGGAGAGUGAUGGAGUGCUGCAUCAGAUGACCUGGCCUCCACAAUCACCCGUCCUCAACCCAAUUGAGAUGGUUUGGGAUGAGUUGGACCGCCGAGUAAAAGAAAAGCAGCCAACAAGUGCUCAGCUUAUGUGGGAACUCCUUCAAGACUGUUGGAAAAGCAUUCCAGGUGAAGCUGGUUGAGAGAAUGCCAAGAGUGUGUUAAACUGUCAUCAAAGCAAAGGGUGGCUAUUUGAAGAAUAUCAAUUCUAAAAUAUAUUUUGAUUUGUUUUUCCUAGCCACCGUGCUUCUACACCUGCAUUGCUUGCUGUUUGGGGUUUUAGACUGGGUUUCUGUACAGCACUUUGAGAUAUCAGCUGAUGUAAGAAGGGCUAUAUAAAUCGAUUUGAUUUGAUUUAUCACUUUUUUGGUUGCUACGUGAUUCCAUAUGUGUUAUUUCAUAGUUGUGAUGUUUUCACUAUGAUUUUAUAAUGUAGAAAACAGUAAAAAUAAAGAAAAACCCUGGAA